AUGAAUGCCUUUUGUAUUGUCAUAGUAAAUCAUAUUGAUUCCUCGACAAUUGUGAUUAAUUUAAAAGUUGAAGCCCUUCGUAUUAAUCAAACAUUUAUACACUAUGUUCUCAAAACAAUCGACACACAAAAUCAUGAAGAAUCUGAAAAUUGCUCUAUGCGUAUUGCUACUCUCCCACCACGACGUUUGAUAAACUUGAUAUACACUAGAUCAGUGCCAUUCAUCAUGAUCGUUGUCUCCGUUCAAAUGGGUAUUUUAUUGGAUUUACAGGUUCUCAAAGAACUUGUUCGUCGACCUGUGGCAUUAGGGAUAGGCUUCAUUUGCCAAUAUUUUCUAAUGCCUAUGAUCGGUUUUGCGAUUUCAAAACUUUUUCGAUAUCCUACGUUGUAUGGAUUUGGAUUAUUUGUCGUAGGUUGCUGUCCAGGAGGAACUGCAUCUAAUCAAUUGACAGUUAUAUUCAAUGGAGAUCUGGCUUUAUCAGCAUUAAUGACAUUUACUUCUACAAUUGCCUCAUUCUUUAUGAUGCCUCUAUGGUUCUAUACACUUGGAAAUUAUGCUUACUUACGGCAACUAAAGAUUCGCAUACCAUUUUGGGAUCUUAUGCAGUCAUUGGCUACCAUUGUGGGACCACUUAUAUUGGGGUUAAUAGUUGCUUAUUGUAUUCCAAAGGUGAAAUACUAUGUAACAUUAAUGGUAAAGCCAGUGUUUAUUUUGUUAUUUUUUUACUUUUUUGGCUUUGGCACGUAUGUAAAUUUUUAUCUAUUCACAUAUAUUGAUUGGCGAAUGGCUUUAACGGCGCCUUUACUUCCAUGGCUUGGUUAUUUGCUGGCGGGCGUCCUUGCGUACCUCUUUCGGCAAGAUUGGAUACGUGUUAAAACUAUUGCCAUUGAAACUGGUAUGUAUAUUGAUUACAGUUGA